UCGUCGCUGAAUUCACAAAGCCCGCCCUCCGCGGACAUCUCAGCCAACCAGAAACAACCUCAAGCUCCACAAAAUGAUUGACAUGUAGAGUGGGAUUCUUAUUGGCUGAACGUAGUAGCUCUUUGUUGUUGUAAAUACACCCAAGUGAAGUCUAUAGGGUAACAAAAAUAUUACAUUUUAGUAGUUGUAAUAAUUAACACCUCAUAGUACCUAAAGUUUUGUAAAAAUGAAUAAUAAAACGAACAUAUUGACCAAUCUAACCCCGCCCACCAGGUCACUGGGGUUUCGGCUCUUUCGACGCUCCACUUGCUUGUUGUCUUUUCAUAUCAGGAAUGAGUUCAGGCUGAACGACCAACCUUGAUCCAAACUUUCUCACCAAGAACUCGUCUGAAUUGUUACACUCAUGCUUGGAUAGGCACGGAAUCGAAAUGGCGUCUAGAGCUCUAUAUUCGCCUAGGCAUCCAAUGCUGAAGAAGCGGGACGAUUUUGAGGACAUUCUGGAGGAGAGACGGCGCUACAGUGAUCUGAGAUACGCGUUGAAAUGUUACACUCCAACGCUCUACAAAGGACUGGUGCCCUGCAAAGCCAGUGUGCUGAAAACCAUCGUUCUGCAGUCCGAUCAUCUGCAGUAUGUCAUCAAACAGGUUUCAUCCGAAUCAGGAGACAGCCCUGAGUGCGUUACAGAAGAAGCGUCGCUGAUUCUGGACGAAAUGGCUCACCGUCUGCAGCUCAGCACCAUUCGCUUCUUCGCCUUUACACUCAGCAAAGCCUUCAAGUGCCUCUUCCGCAGCGUGUGUGUCAAUGAGGAGGGCAUUCAGAGGCUCCAGCAGGCUGUACAGGAACACCCGGUGGUUCUUCUGCCCAGCCACCGCAGCUAUAUGGACUUCCUGAUGAUGUCAUAUAUACUGUACACGUACGACCUUCCCCUGCCGGUGAUCGCAGCUGGAAUGGAUUUCAUGAGCAUGAAGUUUGUCGGUGAGAUGCUGCGUAUGUCGGGAGCUUUUUUCAUCCGCCGGUCGUUUGGAGGGGAUAAACUUUACUGGGCUGUGUUCUCCGAGUAUGUGAAGACCAUGCUAAGGAAUGGAUAUGCCCCAAUUGAGUUCUUCUUGGAAGGAACAAGAAGCCGGACGUGUAAAUCGCUCACACCAAAGACAGGGCUGCUGAAUAUUGUGAUGGAGCCGUUUUUUAAAGGGGAGCUGUUUGACGUCAAUCUGGUUCCUGUCAGCAUCAGCUACGAGAGGAUCCUGGAGGAGUCUCUGUACGCCCGUGAGCUGCUCGGCGUCCCCAAACCCAAAGAGUCAACCUCUGGUCUGCUGAAGGCCCGGCGGGUGUUGAGUGAGGACUAUGGCAGCAUGCACGUGUACUUUGGUCAGCCAGUAUCUGUGCGCAGUUUGGCAGAACGGAAAAUAAACCGAUCUCAAUACAACCUGCUGCCCAGGCAUAUUCCUCAGAAGCCCAGCACCGACACUCAUGAGUUUCUAACUGACGCUGGGUUUCGUCUGGUGCGAAUGCAGGAGGAGAACAUGGUUUUGAAGCCCUGGGUUCUCAUUGCCACACUGCUGCUCCACAACCCCGACGGCCUGGAUCUGUCCUCCCUCACAGAACAGACAGACUGGCUCAGACACCUCGCACUGGCGUUUGGAGCCUUCCUGGACUGGCCUGAUCACGAGUCCUGCACGGAAGUCAUCCGCAGUAGUUUAGCUCUGCACAGACACCUGUUGAGUAUUUCCGCAGGCCACGUUCAGCUGAGCGCCACAGACUCGCCGCAGGUCCAGAUGAGCGCAGAAGAAGCCGUGUUUCACAGAGCGGUCGUCGUGCUCUCCUGCGCCUCCUACAGGAACCAGAUCCUCCACGUGUUUUUGAGACCUGCUCUAUUAGCCGUGGCCAUGCAGAGCGCAAACUCCAGUAGAAAAGAUGACAUCUACAACUGUUUCAGCUUCCUGAGGAACAUGUUCUCCAAUGAAUUUAUCCUGUGUCCUGGGGACUCGGUGCAGGACUUUGAAGAAGCCUGUUAUUUGCUGAUGAAGCGUGGAGUGUUGCAGGUAUUAGAGCAUGAAAUUGUGAUGUCAGCGGACGGUCACAGCACCCUCGCUUUCCUGUGCACCGUCCUGGACCCCUUCCUUCAAGGAUACCAGGUGGUUUGCCGCUAUCUAUGCGAGGAGACUAAUGAAAACCUGACAGAGAAGGAGUUUAUUCCCGGCGUGAGAGACUUCGCACUGAAACUCAUAUUAGGAGGUCGUCUGACGUGCUUUGAGGUUUUAUCCUCAGACCUGCAGAAGAACGUUCUAGCAGCACUACUGAGACUCAAUGCUGUGAGGAAGCUCAAAGUAGGAGAUCAGGUGACACUGAAGGUGAACAAGAUUGCGGUAAAUUCAUUGGAGGAUACGCUGGGAGGUAAAAUUUCUACCCAGAAGCCUAUGCUUGCUCGGCUGUAGCACGUGUGAAGUCUCUGGAGGCCCAAACCAAACUCGACUGCCUUCAUUAACAUAAUGCCAAAUUUUGCAAGGUGGCAGCGGCUUCGCUGACUACAAAGGUGACCUGUCAUGGAGCUUUAAAGGGAUGUCACGGGGUCUGCCAUCUGGGACGCCCCUGCUGCGCUUAUACAAGCUUUCUUUUUUAUCUCUGAUCCUCCUUCUACAAUCCUGACAGGAGUUUUGUGCGUCUGCGAUCGGCCUUCGAUCUUUAUCAGACGACUUUUUAACUGCUCUGAUGUCGCCAAACAUAUGAAGACAGCGCCGCUUUUUUUUCUUUUCCCUGUUUGAACAUUCAUCCACGAGCGUUUCAUGUGUGUCAGCACUAAAGAGCCUUCGCUUUAAUGGAAAGCACUGUUACUGUUUGUCCUCACCGGAUUUGGCUCUGUUAUCUUUUCUCGGUGACAGAUUUGAUAUUUUCUUAUACGCAAGAUCGAGUUGCGUUUGCUACGGAUCAAGUUUUUUUUUUUUUUGGAUCCUGUUACAAAAAUAGGUCACUCCAAAAUGUGCUCAGUGCUAAAGAAAAAAGUAAAGAAAGUUGUUGUUAAAGAAAUAGUUCACCCAGAUAUUAAAAAGGAGGCUAAAUAAAAACAUCACAAUAAUCUACACCACUCCAGGAGAUCAGUUAAAGGAAUGGUUCACCCCAAAAGAAAAUAAACCCAUUAUUUAUAAUGCGUAUAUGACUAUAUUUUUUUCAGACGAUUACAGCUGAAGUAGUUUUUCAGUCUAAUCCUGGCUAAUAGAUGCUGUAUAAUAGUGUUGGAUGGUGACUUUUAUUUUGAAGCUUUCAAAGAGUGAAUAAAUCUGUACAAGAGGGUUAACAGGGUUAAAAUUACCCCAUAAUUUACACGCCCUCAAACUAUUCUCAGUCAUAUGAUUUUUGUUUUGUCAGAGGAAUACUUAUCUUAAAAAUAUUCCUGGCUCUUUAAUGCUGUAUAAUGGUGUUGGAUAGUGACUUUUAUUUUGAAGCUUCCAAAAGUGCAUAAAUCCCUUAUAAAAUUAAAGCCAUACACUGAGAGGGCUAACGCAUGUCAAAAUUACCCCAUAAUUUACUCUCCCUCAAGCUAUUCUCUGUGCAUAUGACUUUCUUUUGUCAGGGGAUCACAGUCGGAGUAGUUUUAAAUCUAACCCUAGCUCUUCAAUGCUGUAUAAUGGUGUUGGACUUUUAUUUUGAAGCUUUCAAAGAGCAAAUAAAUCUGUACAAGAGGGUUAACAUGUCAAAAUUACCCCAUCAUUUUCUCGCCCUCAAACUAUUCUCUGUUAUAUGACUUUUGUUUUGUCAGACCAUCACAGUUGGAGUAGUUUUAUAAAUAUUCCUGGCUCGUUAGUGCUGUAUAAUGGUGUUAUAAAUUACAUUUAUAAUUUUGACAUGAGUAUCUCUCUCCUAGUGUAUGCGUUAAUUUUAUGAGGGAUUAAUGCACUUUUGGAAGCUUCAAAAUAAAAGUCACCAUCCAUUAAUAUUGUACAGCAUAGAAGAGCCAGGAUAAAAUAAAAAAAUACACUAACUAGUGUUUGUCUGACAGAAGUUGUAUACACUGAUGAUGGCUUGAGCGUGAGUAAAUAAUGUGGUAAUUUUCAUUUCGGGUGUUACUAUUCCUUUAAAAUCUAGUGAAGCACAAGGCUGUGUUUGUAAGAAACACAUUCAUCAUUAUGAUACCUUCUGGAUUAUUCAAUGGGAUUUUAUAAUGGGAGCUUUUAAUUUCUGUGUCAUAAUAUUCAAUAAUAAAAUCAAAACAUUUGAAGUAGUCAUGUUGGUUUUAAAUACAUGACAAUGUUUGAUGUCAUUCUGUUUACUUUUUACAGCAAAUUGUUAAAGAUUUGCCAUUGCAUUUAACCACAGAGCUAAUGUUACUAAAUGAAAAAAACGUAUACAUUUUGCAAUGCAUUUAUAAAAAGGAUAAAAGACUUCAUAUAUUUUUAGCACCAGGAUUACAGCACUCUUUGUAUUUUUGGUUAAACUAUUUAUAUUUUCCUUGGUUAAAAAUUCUUUCAUCCAUAAUAUUGCUUCAUCAAUUGAAGCUAGUCUGAAUCAGGAGUGAAAACGGUCCAAAAAACAUACGAAACAAUAUGCAUACUGUAUAAUGAGCAGAAAAUCGAAGAUGAAUGCUUUAAUUACAGGAAGCAUUAUUUAGAAUUUCUGUACGGACUCAAUAUUUUAGUCAGAAAUGAUAGUUUUAAGCUAAAUAAUUGUCAUAAUAAUUAUUUUAACCAUUAACACACAUUAAUCGAUGCUUUAUGAAAUUAUAACCCUUUCCCUUAAGAUCUUCUUAAAAAUGUGAUAUUCUAUAACUUGUAUAUUAAGUUCUAAGUCUAUAAGUUACAUUUACUUAUUAAAUACUUUUACAUUAACUUAAAGUAAACAUCUCUGUGGAUCAUGUGUUUCUUACACACAUUCAGCUUUUUGCUUUACAAGAUGCUAACUGAUGAUGUAACCUUAUUAUUAUGAUUUAUGUUGAAACUAAGUCUUCUACAUGUCCAGCAGACUCAUGUAUACAUACAUAAAUAGAUGCAUACAUACAGUAUACAUUUGGGUAAACUGUUCCUUUAUCAAAAAGGCUGCCAAAUAUGGAGAUUCCCUAAAUGCCGUAAAAGUGUUUACAUGCUUUUUACAUAAACUAGCUUUUCUGCUUGUGCAAAUUAACAAAGCGUAUCACUGCGUAUUUUGGAUAUUGAACAUUUUCUUUUUAUUAUUAAACUGAUCAGCCUAUGCAGAGGCAUGUAGCAAACUGCUGAAUCUCUGUUUUUAUGCUGAUAUGAACAACCACACAAUGUUUAUUUCAGAUUAAUACAUUUAUUAUUCAUAAUUAAUGAGUUAAGAAGUGUAUACGGUUCAGUUUUAGGUCAUCAAUGCGAAACCAAAACGGAUACAGCAACAAAGUUUAGAUGCAUUUACUGUGUGUGUUAACACUCUUUCUAAAAAUAAUUUCUUUUAUUGCUUGAAUGGGAAUGCAGGGAUAUUUUUUAUCCUAUAGUUUGGUCGUCAGGUGUUAUUUAUUUGUUGUCAUUUCAUGGAUGAUGCGAAUAUAAAACCUUAAGCCAUAAAUAAAGCCAUAUAGCGUUCAUCCACACGAUUCGUGCACACUUCGUCAAAUUACGUAAAAGAUAGAAGCUGAAACCAUAUUUGUGUUUACAUCGGCAAGCAGCUUUUUACAUAAUUAGAUGGAACUCAUCUUGUGGAUUGAAAAAGUUUUGAGAGGAAAUUGUUUGGAUUAUGUUUAUGGAUUGCGUGUUUAAUAAUGUUAAUAUUGUGAUUUUGAAACAUUUUGUGUCUGAUCAGUUCUGAAGUAAUGCCACUAAAGCGAAAGAAUUUACAUUAAAUAAUUCAAUUCAA